AUGUGUUGUGAAAUAUCGGAAGGUAUACCGAACAAAAGGAAAAGUGACGUUCCUAAAACAACCAAACCAGCAAAAAUCGAAGAAAAGCAAAAAAUUGAGAAAGUAGAAAGAGUGGAGAAGAUCGAAAUCUAUUAUUUUGAUCAUGGAAACUCUGCUUAUUACAGGACAACGGAUAUGCCACCGAUUUUAGCGACAGAGAAAUGCGCGGAGAAGACUGAUCAGGCGGCGACACGGUUCUGGGCUGAAAUAUUCGGGACUAUUCACAUCGGCACCGCCUUCGUCACGGCGUUCAUUCUCCAGUUCAUUCGCUUUGUACUUUACAGCAUCAUCAGACCGCUCACGGUGGGCGUUCUGCAAAUGUUUGCGGACUAUUUCGUAAAACCCUGUCUGUCGAUCGUGUUCAACGCCAUCAUACAACCGCUGUUAAUAUUACUGUACAAUAUCGCGACCUCGUUUAAGGACCUCUGUGAACCAAUCGCCGAGGCGAUUGGCUUAUUUUUAAGGGAGAUCGCAAAUUUGUGUGCAGCGAUCAGAGUCGUAGAAGUGAAACAGAGUACUGGCUCUCCAGUUGCUUGCACUUGA